UGUGUGUUCCUCGUGACCAUACCGUCCAUACGGCACUGCCAGUGCCAGUUGCCCUCUACUUAUCAAGGAGUUAGUCAGAUUAACAUCGAUCAAUGUGAAAAGCUAAUUCCACCUAUGUGCUAUAGUUUCGCAGUCACAUGUACUCUUUUAUUUGAUUGAUAUACACCUCAGCAGCAGUCACACUAGAAACAGAAAGGUGAGAGUAGUUAGUGAGCCUUGCGUGAGUGACGACUGACGAGAUGUAUCCAUUAGUUGUGUGAUACAACUAUUCUACAAAUUGUCUGCUUAGCACAGUAGGGUUUGGGUGGGCUAAGGAUCGCAAAAUGUUGGGUUAGGCUUAGGUAGAAUAGUUUAUGUUGGGUGAGGGCAGUUGGUUUAGGAAACCCACGAAAACAAUAUUUCAGUGUUCCUUGGCAAGACGGAUAUUUUCUCAAUAUUAACUAGGGUGGGCGGAGCUGUGAGUCACCACGUGCCUCUGUCGGCGCCCCAUCGAGUAACUUAACUCACCCGCUCUUCGAGCUCUGAUUAGUCCGAUAUUGUUUACUUGUGGGCUGUGGAGGCCGAUGGGCAAGCAUUGCGUAGGUCGUGGCAGGCAUAGGCAUCGCUUCCAAUUGGUCUCAUUAGGAGAGAACACCGCUAAUAAUCUCUUCAUGCAACCUUGAUCUCAAUCGGAUAAUUUAAUGAAGUUUUGUCUGGGAGUUCGGCAAGUAAGUUUUCCCACUGUCAGUCAUGUUACUGUACUGUUUACACUUUGUCAAAGCGGGAAUACCCUGGCAAAAGUUGAAAUAUCCGUACUAGGAGAACACUUCUCAAUAGAGUGACACAUUCCUCACCACACCUCCGGAGAGUUAAGUCUUUCGAUUGCCUGUCAAGAGUGAUUAGUUCUGCAUAUAAAUGUGCACCACUAUCAACAACGUAGCUACAAGUAAAAGGUAUUGUAGGAAACAAUAUUUAAGUUGAAAAUAAAAUUUCUUACCAUCUAUAUGCUUGCUAAGAGACUAAAUAAAUUUUCCUUAGGUUAAAUAAUUUUUUUAAACCACUGAGGCUAGUUUACAAUAAUGUGCCUGGCCCAAGGCUUUUCUCUCGCCAUAUUUCAUUACAGUUACUGUUUCACGUCAAUAUUGUUGAAAAGUUUAUGCAAUGUUCUCCAACAAGCUGAGAAAGAUGUGAGAAUGUUAGGUUUGGGUGUAGGAUGGCUAACCAAACCAGCUGGCUGGGCCUCCCUUGAAACACUAACACAGGGCAGUAUAAUGGAUAUGCAGUACCUGUCUUUGAAAGUGUGAUUUUACAUAAUGAGAUUUUGCAGCCAUUGUAAUAUUCAUUUAUGUGGAAAUUAAGUACGUAUGAAGUGAACAUAAUUUCAAUUCUUAGCACAUCCUACCAUGAGUGAUGAAUGUUCUUUACCACCCUUUACACCACCUCCCACCUAUGAAGAAGCAACAUCUGGGUUCCCUCCAACAUUGCCACCAGUCACAAACACUCCUGCACUAACUCCUCAGGAUAUUGCCUCACAGUCCUUGUACAAUGCUCAACCACAGAACAACAUUCCAGCCAUAAACACUCCUGUACCUGAGGAUAUUGUCACACAGUACUUGUACAAUGCUCAAGUACAGAACAACCCUCCAGUCACAAACACUCCUGCACUAACACCUGAGGAUAUCGCCACACAGGCCUUGUACAAUGCUCCACCACAGAGCAACCCUCCAGUCAGAAACACUCCUACACUAACUCCUCAGGAAAUUGCCACACAGGCCUUGUACAAUGCUCCACCACAGAGCAACCCUCCAGUCAGAAACACUCCUAUACAAUCACCUCAGGCUGUUGCCUCACAGGCCUUAUAUAAUUAUCAGCCACAAAACAACAUACCACUGUAUCCUCGCUAUGAUCCAUGUCCUACUGGAGCAGAGGUUCUCCGUAGACUUGAUGAAAUCUUGAUCUAUCCUUCCAAAGGAUUCAAGUAUAAGAUCAGGAAUGGCAAUAAAGUAACCCUUAUGACUGCUAAGGGUGAAUUUGAUGGUGAUUGCUGUAGCUCCUGUGAUUGUAGUAGCAAUAUGAAAUUUGUUCUGUACUCCUUGAACAAGAUUGCUACAGCUGAGGCACGAAUUGUGAUUGAUUCAAUUAACUGCUGUUCUUACAGUCCUCAGAUCUUUUCUACCAGUGGGACACAGGUGGGAGUAAUUGACAAUAGUCGCGGUGUCAAGAACAGACUGGUGGUGUCCAGAGACAUGCCUGUCCGUCACAAGAUACUUCUCCUCUUCUUUGCAAUCUUUUUGCAAAAGGAGGAUGAUAAUCGAAGAAGUUCAUAGAGCUGUAGAAGUCAUUCUUUCCUGCCUUCAGUUUACUAAAGAUCCAAUGACACAAGAAUUGGACUGCAAUGGUCAUAAUGUCAUUCAGAUACUCCCUUUUUGUUAGAUCUAAAAUUUACAUAAUGUGGGACAAGAACAAAGAGCAUUGUUCUUAACACACACACACACACACACACACACACCAGUAGCUCAGUGGUUAGAGUGCUGGCUUCACAAAACAGAGGACUGGGGUUCGAUUCCCCGGCCGGGUGGAGAUAUUUGGGUGUGUCUCCUU